CUUGUCUAUGUAUCUGUCAUGUCCUCAGCUGUCAAAAUAAAAUAAUUUUUAAUUCUCAAAUUUAAUGAUUAGGGCAUUUUGAUAAGGCGUUAUGAGAGCCGGCAGUGUGUUUUGAUGAAAUUUAAAGCCAAAACCGCGUUGCAAACUUAACCGCGCUCAAAAAUGAUGGAAUAUUGCCCCCCUAACGUUACCCUGGGUGAGAUAUGGGUGGACCAUGGAAUAUCCCAGUGUUUCAUGGAGACAGCCUCCGCUAUCUUAAUUGGUGGAUUUCUGCUAAUAUUUGGACUGAUACAGAUUGUUAUGUAUAAAAGAUAUGCUACGGAAGUGGUGGAUGUGAGAAGUUCACGGCUUUUCGCCGUUCAAUUGUUUUUCACGUUGUUUGUACCCGUGCUGGCUGUGAUAAGAUUCCUGCUACAGGCUUUUGUAUUUAAAGGAGGAUCUAUUUAUGGAUAUAUGAUAUUAGCUUUAGUGAUAACUUUAGUAGUAUUUCCCCUGUCGGCCUACUUGGCGGUGCUGGAGAGGCGGUUCCUGUUACCCUCGGUUCCUCCAAGAGGACACGGAUUUGUACUUCUUGUCUUCUGGGCUUUGAUAUUUGUGUCAGAAAACCUUUCCUUCCUGAAUCUCAAUAAAGAAGGAUGGUGGUGGCAUUUGAAAAAUCUUCAAGACCGUCUGGAGAUGUCCCUAUUCGUAGGACGUUACGUGUCGUGCAUGAUCAUGUUCGUGCUCGGCAUGAAGGCACCCGGGAUUAUGCACCAGUUCGAGUACCUUGAAGACGAUGAUAACCGAAGAAAUAUACCGCCUAGACAAGAUGAAAAUAGAUCAACAUUCCGCAAUGUGUUUGGCAAACUACGCACUUUGCUGCCGUUCCUAUGGCCGCGGAAGAGCGCCUGCCUACAAAUCUACGUCCUUAUAUGCGUUUUGGCCCUCAUCGCUGGACGAGCUGUUAACCUUUAUGUGCCUAUUUAUAGUAAGAAAAUAGUGGAUAGUAUAUCAAUUCCGCCGUACUACUUCCGAUGGGACUUGGUGGUGAUCUAUGUGCUAUUCAAGUUCCUCCAGGGAGGAGGUACGGGAGGUAUGGGCUUCCUCAACAAUCUGCGGUCGUUCUUAUGGAUCAAAGUGCAGCAGUAUACUACUAGGGAAUUACAGUUAGAAUUAUUUAAGCAUCUUCACGACUUGCCCCUGCGGUGGCACUUAUCAAGAAAGACAGGAGAGGUCUUAAGAGUAAUGGAUAGAGGAACGGACUCCAUAGACAAUCUACUUUCAUACAUCUUGUUCUCAAUCACACCGACCCUUAUAGAUAUUAUCGUGGCUGUCAUAUACUUUGUAUCGGAAUUCAACGCGUGGUUCGGUCUAAUAGUGUUCUCAACCAUGGUACUCUAUAUAAUUGCGACGAUAGCCGUGACGGAAUGGCGCACGAAGUUCCAGCGACGCAUGAACUUAGCCGACAACGAACAGAAGGCGCGGUCCGUAGACUCGCUGCUGAAUUAUGAGACUGUCAAGUAUUAUGGCGCUGAGGCGUACGAAGUUGUGUCUUAUAGAGAGGCUAUUGUUAAUUAUCAGAAAGAGGAGUUCAAGUCCCUGAUAACACUCAAUAUGCUGAACACGUUACAAAAUGUGAUUAUUUGCAGCGGUCUACUGGCUGGAUCGUUGCUCUGCGUGUCAAUGGUAGUGGAAACAAACCAACUGACAGUGGGAGACUACGUGCUCUUCGCUUCUUAUAUAGUGCAGCUAUACGUACCACUCAAUUGGUUCGGAACUUAUUAUAGGGCCAUACAAAAGAACUUCGUAGACAUGGAGAACAUGUUCGACCUGAUGCGAGUGGACUCUGACGUGCGCGACGCCAUCGGCGCCCCCGACCUGCUCGUGCGGCGCGGCGCUAUCGAGUUCAAGCACGUGUCCUUCGGCUACGGCCCGGAGCGGCUCGUGCUCAGCAACGUCAGCUUCAAAGUGCCUCCGGGCAGCACUGUGGCUUUGGUGGGUCCCAGUGGUGCUGGCAAGUCUACAAUCAUGCGGCUUCUAUUCCGAUUCUACGACGUGAACGAGGGCGCGGUACUCGUAGACGGACAGGACGUGAGGACCGUGACGCAGGCGUCGCUACGAGCUAACAUAGGCGUCGUGCCUCAAGACACGGUGCUGUUCAAUAACACUGUUAGGUACAAUAUUCAGUAUGGAAAACUAAAUGCGCCGGCGGCGGAUAUCAUAUCAGCGGCUAAAAAUGCUGACAUUCACGACAGAAUCCUCACAUUCCCAGAUGCUUAUGAUACACAGGUCGGUGAGAGAGGCUUGCGUCUUAGUGGAGGUGAAAAGCAAAGAAUAGCAAUCGCGCGAACUAUACUCAAGGAUCCGGCCAUAGUCCUACUUGACGAAGCUACGUCAGCACUCGAUACCAACACAGAAAGAAAUAUACAGGCGGCAUUAGCGCGUGUUUGUGCGAAUAGGACAACAUUAAUAAUAGCUCACAGACUCUCUACCAUUAUACACGCUGACGAAAUUCUUGUCUUGAAGGAGGGAGAAAUCAUCGAAAGAGGAAAUCACGAAGCGCUUCUGGCCCAAGCCGGCUUCUACGCGUCAAUGUGGCAACAGCAACUGGAGAACCGUAACAACAACGAAAGCAACGGCGAGGGCAACAACAACAACGAGCCUCGGCCGCCGCCCGGACAGCCCAACGGCGUCAGCGCCUUCGGACACGGACACGGACAUUUAUAAGUGUGCACAGUAAAUACGUAACGAAGCAGGGUGCUAGUCGGUUCGUGGAUCAGUGAAUUCGAAUAUUAUCGAUUCCUAGUGUCAAUUGUUUGGUUUGAGGGAGUUAGACUAAGGGACAUGACAGAUCGCUCGCGAAGAGCAUUUGUAACCAAAUAAUUUUUGUAUCAAUAUCCUAUGUACAUUAUGCACAAGCAUUAGCUCACCGAACAAACCUAAUGAUGUACAGAAGUUGACAUUGUGAUGAUGUAACUAUAUUGUACCUAGUAGUAUUAAAAAUGUGAUGGGAAAUUUUAUGUGCUAUUUCAGUGUUAUUAAAACUGUUUUUAUUUAUAA